AUGGCUUUUCAUUUUUCAUGGAAUAAAGAAUUUUCUCAAUCUUUUAUAGAAAAAACAUCUUCUCUUCUUAGUUAUGCACUUAACAAAGGGAAUAAAUUGCCUAUUAUUGUUGACAAAAUUGAUGUAAAAGAAUUAAAUAUGGGUUCAAAGCCUCCAGAACUUGAAAUUUUAGAGAUAGGGGAUCUUGCAGAAGACCGUUUUCGUGGUUUAUUUAAACUUAGAUAUACAGGAGAUGCAUAUAUUGUUUUGCAAACCAAAGUUCAAAUUAACCCUUUAAAUACACAUAAAAAUACAUCUCCGAAGUUUACAUGGAAAGGAAUACUUUUUGCAGAUGCACCGUUAAUUGUUCCUAUGUUUCUUCGUUUAUCAGAUUUUAAAUUAUCAGGUAUUGUCGUUUUGGUAUUUUCUAAGGCAAAAGGUGUUACUUUAGUCUUCCGUAAUGAUCCAGUUGAAUCUGUACGUGUUUCUAGUACAUUUGACAGUAUACCUGUUAUUGCACAGUUUUUGCAAAAAGAAAUUGAAAAACAAUUACGUACGUUUUUUCAGGAAGAGCUUCCAGCCAUUAUACAUAAAUUAUCUAUUUCUAUGCCACCAAAGUCUAUAGAAAAAUUAAAUACAAAUUCUUCUACUACAAUAUUGACAAACGAAUCUAAAAAUAAGGAACCUACUCCUCUUAUACGAUUAGCAGAUAUUAAUCCAGAACAUCCUAUUUCUAUUACGGGAAUGCUACGUUUUGCAGCUCUAGCAUCGUCACAAAAAACUCUUUGUCCAUUUACGCCUUCUAUAAGUCAAGCAAUCUACAGAUCGAGUCAUCUUUUAUCAACGGUGUCAGCUGUAAAUUGUGUUUUUAAAAAUUCUCUGUCCAAUAGCCCUAGUUUAGAGCCGACAACGAGCUUAACAACUUCAUAUUCGUCUACAUGUGCUAUAGAGAUGCAGAAUUUUCGACAAAACUUAAGUUUACGUCAAAAUACUUUUUUAAACAAACGAUGGACUCUGAAAAAACAUAACGUUAUAUGUUUACGUUCUGAUUCAAAAGAUUCAGCAUUCUCUGGUAGACAUAUUCAGCCAUUAGUAGAAAAAAAUGAUAACAUUUCCAAUCAUUUACGUAUAGAGUCGAUAAAUACAUUUCAUAAUACAAAAAAAGAAAAAACUAAACAAAUGCAUCAUCAUGUAACAAAUAUAAGGUGCCAAGCAGCAUACCAUUAA